UACACAAAUAUUUGUACAAAUAAAUGAGAACAAUUAACCAAAGUUUUAACCAAACCGUGUGAGAAACAUUAUAGAGAAUAAUUUCAAAUAUCAGAAAAAGUUCGCAAAAAAAAAAAAGUUUUGAGAAAAAAUUUCAUAUUAAAUUCUUUGGACAUCAAAAAUUCAAAGUGAAGUUAAUGAAUUCGACCGCUAGAAUGCCGCCUAAUCAUCAAUUUAUGUUAAAUUCUUUGCCGAUAGAACCUGUCUCCCGGACGUAUCAAUAUCGCAAAAUAAUGAAACCGAUGUUGGAACGCAAACGGCGAGCCAGGAUUAAUAAAUGUUUGGAUGAAUUGAAAGAUUUAAUGACCGGUACCUUGCAAGCGGAUGGCGAAAAUGUGUCGAAAUUGGAGAAAGCGGAUAUUCUAGAGCUGACCGUACGUCACUUGCAACGUUUACGGGCGAAGAAUGCUCUUUUUGUGCGUCACAACGACUCUUUAAAUAUGGAAAAAUUUUGGGCUGGCUUUCAGCAUUGCGCCGGCGAGGUAGCGCAAUUUCUCAGCAAAUAUGAUCGUAAUGUUACCGGCGAUCUUAUACAGUAUAUAGCAAAUUAUGUACCGAAUGUUGCAAUAACGUCAUCACCAGUGUCAAUAAUGUUACGUCAGACAUUAAGUGUGCCGAAUACAACGCGAGAAGCACUACAAUACCAAAGAUUAAUCAACAGCAGCACCAAAACAACGGCUACAGCAACAGCAACAGCAGCAGCAACAGCAACAGCGUGCACUACAUCGUCGACAUUAACUUCAACUUAUUGUAAUCACGAGUAUUAUGGAAACCAACACCAACAACAAUCUAAUCGCUAUCCUUAUGCAAAUGAAGUUUUAAUGAAGAAAGAAGUAAAUGACAACGAAAAGGGAAAUGUGUGGAGGCCUUGGUAAAGAAAUGAAAGCAAAAAGUUAGUUAGUUAAUAUUCUAAAUAUAAUUGUAAGGCAGAUAAUUAAUAGGACUUACAAGGAAAGUAAAGGACUGUUCAGCAGAGAUGCGUACAUUUAAUGUAUAUAAUCAACGAUUUGUUUUCUUAUUAUAUUCUUUUUCUUUCAAUAUGAAAUGUUAAGCCAUUUUCAAAAAGAACCGUUUCUUUCAAAUAAUUUAACUUUGCUAUGGCAAUCAUUAUAAGAUAUUGUUAAUAAGGUAUUGUUGUUGAUUGAGAAAUCAUUGCUUCAGCAUAUGUUGUCAUGAAAGAAAUUUUUUUUAAUUUUCUGCUUCUCUCUCACAAACUAUUUAUAUUUGAAAUACAAGGCCAAGCUUUAUUCCAUAAAUGUUACGUUACAAAUAACGCUACACUUUGAUAUUAUUAAGUCGCCAUUAAAGAGAGCAAACAGUUUAAAUUCCAUAUAUAACAUGCAACACGGAUGAAUGAAACGGUCCAAGCUGAGUUGUGAUAGAACAAAAUCACUGUUGUUUCUUUUCGUGUUCGAACACAACACAACAACACACUUCAAUUUGCUUUCUCAUGGAUUUCUUCGGUUUUCUUCUUCUUCUUUUUUUUUUUUUUUGCACAAACUAUUUUUACAAAAUAUUAGUGUAAAUAGGCAUAGCCUGUACUUUCUCACGAUGUAGCUCCAUUUAUUGCGAUUUAGAAAAUCAUUUUCUUUGAAUUUUUUCAUCUUCUUCUUCUCUUGUCUGAGACAAGAUUGCUUAGCAUUUGUACUUCGAGCAAUUGAAAGCGAACGUAAACGCGUUACGAGCACGCGCGCUUACCUUAAUCUCUUUUAAAUCUUCUUUCUACUCUACACCCCCUAAUGCUCCUCAUACGCUCUAAAUUAUUUCUUACGCUUAUAUCAGAAUUUACAUUAAAACUUUUAUAUUCACAUAUACAUGUAUAUAUAUGUAUAUAUAUAUAUAUAUGUUUGUUCAUUCAUUAAAUUGGAAUAAUUCAGUCCGUCAGUAACAUGAUUAAUGCUCCAGUUAGACUUGGGAAAAUAUAUGCAACCAUUUAAUAAUAGAAAUGUAAACAGAAGGAGUGAGGGAGAGAGGGAGAGAGAAAGAAACGAUUUCUAGCUUCUCAUUUACCGCAUUGCAAGUCUUGAUGAAGGAGUUCGACAUGCGACUUUAAUUUUUUUUGUAAACCACUUACGUUAUGUGGCGAUUCCUUUUAAAACAAUUUAUUUAUUUUAUUAAUCAAUACCGCUUAUUAUCAUUAUCUUUAUUAUUAUAUAU